UGAAUUUUCGAGUAAACACGUGCUGCUAACUAAACUUUUCAUAUAACAUCUUAAAUAAAAAUUGUAAUAUUAGAAAUUAAAAAUGUCUAAUGAACAUGAAGAUUAUAUGGAAGAGAGCUCAUCUGGAAGUGAAGAUGAAGAUAUGGAUGAGGGUGAAGAGGGAGAGGGUAAUGAUGAGGAUACUCGGCCCAAUAUUUAUUUGCCCGAUCAGCCUUUAAAGGAGGAUGAACAUUUAAUAUGUGAUCAGUCGGCUUACAUUAUGCUACAUCAGGCACAAACAGGUGCACCUUGCCUGAGUUUUGAUAUCAUUACUGAUAACCUCGGCAACGAUAGACAUGAGUUCCCUAUGACAACAUAUUUAGUUGCCGGUACUCAGGCAUCCAGCGCACAAUUGAAUAAUCUUUUAGUGGUCAAAAUGUCAAAUCUACAUCCAACUUCAAAAUCAGAAGACGACGAAAAUUCAGAGGAUGAGGAUGAUGAUGACGAGGAUGAAGAGGAAGAUGAAGAAAAGAAACCUCAAAUGACAUUCUCAUUUAUAAAACAUCAAGGAUGUGUCAAUAGAAUUAGGGCAACAAAUUUUAAAAAUUCCAUUUUGGCAGCAAGCUGGUCUGAACUUGGUAGGGUCGAUAUUUGGAAUAUAACCCAACAGUUGCAAGCUGUAGAUGAGCCUGCUUUGCUUGAAAGGUACAAUCUCGAUACUGUUAACAACCCUGUGAAACCAUUAUAUUCUUUUAAUGGACAUCAACAAGAAGGUUUUGGUAUUGACUGGUGCCCUACAGAACAAGGUGUAUUAGCAACUGGAGAUUGUAGGAGAGAUAUACACAUAUGGAAACCAAAUGAAGGAGGUACUUGGACAGUGGAUCAACGUCCAUUAAUUGGACACACAAGCUCUGUUGAAGAUAUACAGUGGUCACCUAAUGAAAGAAAUGUAUUAGCAUCAUGUUCAGUAGACAAGACUAUAAGAAUAUGGGAUACAAGAGCACCACCUCACAAAGCUUGCAUGCUGACAGCUGAAAAUGCUCAUGAAAAUGAUAUAAAUGUUCUGUCAUGGAACAACAAAGAGCCAUUUAUUGCUAGUGGUGGAGAUGAUGGUUUUCUUCAUAUUUGGGAUUUAAGGCAGUUUCCUAGUAACACCCCUGUUGGUACAUUUAAACAUCAUACAGCACCAAUCACUUCAGUUGAAUGGCAUUGGUCAGAACCUAGUGUUUUGGCAUCAGCUGGUGAGGACAACCAGGUUGCCCUCUGGGAUUUAGCAGUUGAAAGGGAUGAUGAAGAAGUUGUAGAUGAAGAAUUAAAGAACCUGCCACCACAGUUACUAUUCAUUCAUCAAGGACAAACUGAUAUCAAAGAACUUCAUUGGCAUAAACAAAUACCUGGGGUCAUUGUGACUACUGCACAUACAGGUUUUAAUAUAUUUAAAACUAUUAGUGUAUAAAAUAAAAUAAUGAAAACAA